UUAAGAAUAUGACGUAAUGGCGCGCAAUAAUAAUUAUUGCCUGACAAACGCAGUCGGUAUGCGCUUUGUACAGUACGCCGUGCCAGGCAGUGACGACGGUGAAAGAAGCAGGAACACUCCAGCGUAAUUAUAAGAGAAUCCAGAGAUACUUUCUGUCACAGUGAUGGCCACUACUAACGCCCCACCUGCCUACGUGGCUGUGCCCCAGCCCGUUGGCCAGCAACAACUGGUGACGGUGCAACCCGCUGCCGGCGUUACUUUAAGCACGGUGAACCCACAGCUUCGAAGUGGUAACUGGAAGGGUAUUCUAUGGACAGGAAUAAUUCAAGUGGUUUUUGGUUCAUUGACCGUCAUUUUGGGGAUUGCCACCGUGACUGCAUUUGACAGCUUCUACUCUACGAGUGACAUCGGAUCUCCAAUUUGGUGUGGUAUAUUAUUCUACGUCGUCGCUGGAAUCUUGGGCAUAGUGUCUGGAUGGAAGAAGAAUUCCGGAGUGGCUGUCGGCUACAUGGUCAUGUCCAUCUUGGCUUGUUUGGCGACGUGCUGCGUCAUUGGUGCUGGGGCUGCCAGGAUGUCAGCCAUCAAUCAAGUCUGUCAUCCAAUUUAUACGCGUUAUCGUUAUAGCUACACUUAUAGCUAUCCUCGCCAGAUCGUCUCGUACUAUGACUACCCUCCUUCAUUCUGUUAUUUGCAGGCGGCCAUCAAUGGUGUUUAUGCUACACUGAUACUUCUCGCCUUAGCGGAGUUUGUUGUCGCCAUCAUUGGUGCCAGCAUGACCUGUGGUCCCCUCUGCAGCGGUGGAUCAGCAACUCAGACAGUGAUUCAAUACCAAGCUCAACCACACAUGGUGAUUGCCACACAGCCCCAGGGACCGGCCUUCUACAACUUUGCUGGUCAGCCACAAGUUGCCUACCCAGCCCAGCAGGGGCAGUAUCCACAAGCUCAAGCGCCCCCAACCGCCUACCCAGCCCAGCAGGGGCAGUAUCCGCAGGCUCAAGCGCCCCCCACCGGUGAACAACAGUACCAAGAACUCGUUAAAUAGGUCAUCGAUGAUCUUUGACCUGAUGGAAUCAUGAUAUCUGGAGUUGAAAGAACAAUUAAAUUCUUGAUAUUUUCAUGUUAAGCUGUAUGUGGAUGUACAUUAGGUUUUAGCCGUACAUGCAAUGGGUCAACAAAUAGAUUUAGAGGCAGUGCAAAAAUGUUGUCCAGCUUUAUUUUAGAAUAAUUAAUCAAAUGAAAGUUGGUGAAUUGACGCUUAUUUUUUUAUAAUUGAAGAAAGCAUGACGUACUCAGAUAUUUACUGAAGAGCUGUUGUUUCAUAGAGGAUAAUGUAUAUUUUUACACAGACUAAUAUUGAAAUAUUUCCCGAAAUCACGGCAUCGGAUGCAGACAUUGGCUUAAUUUGUUGAGCUCCCAAGCACUGUAGGGAUGUGGCAGCAUCGGAUUUUGUUGCCACAUAUUCAAAGUCGUACAACAAUGAAAGCCAAAGCCAGGUUUGACACUUAACAAAUAAAGGAAUCACCCUUAUACAUUUUACAUGGGGCAGGAUAAAAUCCUGCGUAUUGGGAAUAUUGAGUUGAAGUUGUUUUUUUCUGGUUAUGGAACUUACUAUGCAAUAUGGAAUCGGAAGGGUUCAAUUCUAUUUGAGACUUGGCGGAAUUUUGUAUUAUAACGAAAUAAAAAUAUGGCACUCUAGUCUGUACAACACAUAAUGAGUUACUUCUUCGAUUGUGACCAUUAGAUCCAUUUGGUUAAUCUAGGUGAUGGCUGACAUUGAUUUUAGGUUGUAAUUCACGAACUUUGUGUGAGUUUAGGCCCACAGCGUGCUCAGUGACUAUCCACGUCAGUGAAUCUCAGAUUUGUCUAUUAUUCAGGAUGAGUGAAAUAGAAAGUGACCUGGAGUGGUUGUUUGCCUCUUAAAAAGCAAUAACAGUUGACACACCAACGAAGCGUACAUUAAACAAGCAUGCUUUUUCCACUCAUUUCAACAAA